AUGUCUCAGUUUCGCGUGUUUGUUAUGAAGAGAGAUGAACUUCUACUGCAGCUUGGUGACCCUUUACCACUACCGUAUCAAGUAAAUGGUAAACCCAACUCAUCAAAUCACUCCCGAACCAAUUCACAUGAUAUAAAUAUUGAGAAUUUCAUCAAACUAAGGCCCAAACCUAUUAAACGAGAUAUCUUCAACUCACUUGAACUAAAGCUCCGAGACCUCAAUACCAUAGGAUUGAAUCACGACGACAUUGAUGUUUUGAAGAACAUCGAAAGCGAUUUACAUGAAACUAUUGGGAAAUAUUCGGCAGACCCAAACAUCAGCGAGUAUCAACAUACAAUCAGACAAUUCGAUGAAACUAAAGAAUUUAAUGCUAAAGAAUUUAAUGAUUUAGAAGAUGAAGUUACUAAUGAACUCCUUCAAGCACCUCCACAAUCGGAAAUAUUUCAAGAGCUUAAUCGAUGGCAGAGUCGAGAGCUUUCAAGGAAAAUUCAAAUUAUAAUACUAUGUACAAUGUUAUUUCUAUUAUUUUCAUAUUUUGUUUCAGACUUCAAGUAUGGAUAUUGUUAUUAUUUUUGUUAG